AUGCAUGCUAAUUUCGUCUUAUCUCUGUUUCCAUCGUCGACUAAAACACAACGAACAUGUUCGCAAUCGUGUGGUGCCACUUUACGUCGAUUUUUCCGUCGAUUUUGCUUUUGCCUUGUCCUGUGUGUAUGGUCAUUUUCAUUUACCUCCACGAUUCCCCUAUUGUACACAAUCGAUUCCAACGAAAAAGCACCUAAGCCUGUCUAUUGUCCGGGUACCACGCAGAUCAGUUAUCUCGAAGAAUGGUUUGAUCGGAAUCGUUUCACUCAAACCGUAGUGUUCUAUUUAAUACCUCUGUUAAUCAGUUCAUUUCUAACCAUGGUUGCCAUUUUAAAGAUUUUUUACGACUGUUUUCAGUAUAUUUUUUUACGAAUCAAAAUGUCGAGAUGUUCGCCCUGUCGACGGAGAUAUGCGUCCUAUCAAGAACAGUCGGACUCUACAUCUUACUCUGCAACGCUAUUGCAAACAUUAGGUCUUGCCGAUGGAAGUGAUAUACAAAAUAAUGUUAAUCGAACAGCAGCCGAUGACACCACGACAUCACCAUUAAGAAAUUCGUCCGUUCAAGCCUGUGGACGAUGGAUUUCAACAACGUUUCUUCGUUUACUACUGGUGUUAUCGUGCUGUUUACUUGCGUGUAUUUAUCCUAUUGCCAUGCGUUUUUAUCUCAUUUAUUUUUCUGUACUUGUACCCUUGGUAUUCGCUGUGCUUAAUUAUUCUUUCGGACAAUUAACACCCAAUCAAGAACAGCAACAACAACAAGAGCAGCGGCAGCAACGGGAUCGCCAGGCACAAGCACAACCAUCGAUAGCUGUUGAAAACCAGCAUGCAGAUGUAACAAAUUCAGUACCAAGAUCGUCGAUAGCGACGUAUAGUUCAUUGAAUCUGAAUGUUAGUAAAUCACCAGCAACAGUCACACCUGUUAUAACGGAUCGAGAUGAACAAUUUGAAUUACGUUCAUCACUGAUAGGAAAUUUCUCGACUGAAAACGAAGAAACCUCGACAUACCGAUCGGGUUCAUCCACACCAAUAUCUGCUCAGAACAAUCGAUUGACACCAUCAGGACAAAACAAACGCAAAUACUUCGCAAAUCAUCUGUAUGAGAACACCCGAAGUCUUUUGGCGAAAUCGAAUGUUUGA